GCAAACAUAUAUCGUUUUCUCUAUUGCAAGCGAACGAAACAUCUACAUUUAACACAGAAUUUGUCGCUAGACUUAAACUAAAAAAAAAACAAGCCUGCUGUAUAUCAGACGAAAUUUACUGACUUUACAUUCGGCGAGAUUUGGAGGUACGCGGAGACAGUGUGCGAAGGGCUAGCUAACUGUUAGCUAGCCGGCUACACAGCUUAGCCAUUGAUGCAAUGGCGUUGAAACGAAUUCAGAAGGAGCUGUCUGACCUGCAGAAGGACCCACCUGCUCAGUGCUCUGCUGGACCAGUUGGGGAGGAUUUAUUUCAUUGGCAGGCAACAAUAAUGGGUCCGAGUGACAGCCCUUAUCAGAGCGGAGUGUUUUUCCUCACCAUUCACUUCCCGACAGACUACCCUUUCAAACCACCCAAAGUUGCAUUCACAACAAAAAUUUACCACCCUAAUAUCAACAGCAAUGGAAGUAUUUGUCUGGAUAUACUGAGAUCACAAUGGUCACCUGCACUUACAGUAUCAAAAGUAUUAUUGUCUAUCUGCUCUCUUCUUUGUGAUCCAAACCCGGACGACCCACUGGUACCAGAGAUCGCCCAUACGUACAAGGCCGACAGGGAAAAGUACAACAAAUCAGCAAGAGAAUGGACACAUAAGUAUGCAAUGUGAAAAUGCCAGGCAGAUCAAAAUACAAAUGAGAACAAAAAAAGCACGUUUGAUUUAUAACUUGAGGCAAAUGAGCAACAGAGGUGAGGAAGAGGAGGAGGAGGAAGUGAUACAAUGAGGUACAGUGCCACCUGGCUUUCCAUGUGCUGAGCUGCUACCAUGUGCUGUCCUUCAUGACUUGUGUGAAUCAGCUGAGCAGGACCUGAUGGGCUCCUUAAAGCACUCCCAUAUGGAAUACCGGAAACUCUUCACAGUCCAUACCGCCACACUCAGACUUUAAACUGUUACUCCUGCUAUUGUGAUUUUUUUCUCUAUUGUUGUUGCGAUUCAUACUCAUAAAUGUCAUUGUCAAAUUGGGUUAGGGUUAGCUCUCCCUUCAUUUUCAGAGGUACUGUCUGUGUCCCACUGGAUGUCUUGUUAUUGCUGUAUUUAGUGGCCUUUCUGUGUUAUGAUUUGUGGUAUAUGUGCAAUUGAGGCAGAAUGUUCCCUGUUCAACUCAAAAUGGUGCAGUACCAGCAGCUGAUCUGUUGGCACUUACUGUCUCUGCCCCGUAACGAUGUGAAAGAUGCAACGAAGGAUCGGUCUCUUAUCACCCACACUACAUUUUUACUUGUGACCAUAUUGAGCUUGUUUUGAGGACACUGUUGUGGGGCUACAUCGGGUGAUGUCAACUCCCAUUUUUCUCACACAUGCCGUCAUUGCCCUUAUAUCCUGUAUAACACCCAUAGCUGGUAUCCAUAGUGCGCAGCGUACUACUGUUUGACACAUUACUUGUUGUAAGGCGAUGAACAUGGCUACUCUUUGGCAUAUAGCUGAGCCGUGUGCCGCGACCUCAGUACAGUUACUCAGGUAUCUAACCAAAUCAUCAGCCGUUACAUAAAGUGACCCAUUGUGAGAAAAAUGACUCGGUUGUGUAUCAUCAGGCUCCUCAAAAAUGUACUUAUCAAAGUUCUACUGUAAAAUCUCCCCUUGAAGAGACUCGUUGGGAAACGGAAGAGCCGCACUCCUGAAGUUCUUCAUGCAUCGAGCCCCUGACGCUCUGUUGACCAGAAAUACGGUCCCAAAACUAGUCAUUUUGUCUUGGAGAGGGCCCUUUUCAUGAUCCUCUCUAUGUUGUUUUCAUUAUCAUCUUCAUUUAUCUUUUAGCAACACUUGGACGUGAGCAGCUUUUAAACGAUGCUGUUUUCCUAAGAAAAAAUGACCUUUGGUUACAGCUGGUGCCAGUUAUACUCAAAAUGAGAACUUAAACAGACGUGGCACUUUUCAGAAGCUAGUUAUAUCAAGUCAUGUGCAUCUUGUUACUUGAGGUGAAGAAAUAAAAUUUUCGUGACAGUUUCAUCUGCUAUAAACAACAAGUGAUUGGAAAAUUGUCAGAAUUUCUUUAUGUUCCUAUUCGGGUCUGCAACGGUUUGUUUUGUUUUGGGAUUAACAAUCUACACUGACGGUUUCUCUCAGUGAAACAGUGGUGACCUUCUGUAUUGUACCUUUGAAAGCUUUAGCAAUAGAUACAUUUGUUUUCAUCAUUUCACCAGAAUUGAACAAGAUAGUGAUGUGUCAUAAUGUAAUAUUGGUUUUAAUAUAAUUAAUUGUGGAAAAAUAGUUAGGCAAUGCUAUGAUUUGUUUCUUUUUUUAGUCAUGGCUCAUAAUGUGCUGAUGCUGCCAAUAUAAAGGGAAUUGUUUGAUAUUAUAAAGGGGAAAAGAUUUGGCUUUUGAGGCAUAGAGUGGAUUCAUCCCGAUAAGUCCAAACUAAAGCAUGAACAUUUUAGAGGCUUCGAUUGUAUAAAUAACACCAAUAUAGAUUGUCAUCAUUGUCAUCUGCUGUAGAGAAAAUUGUCAAAUCAAGUCAUCUUGAAAUACAGUAUAUGCUUAAAGAUUUUGAAAAUAUAUCCUCAUAAUGCAGUGCAAGUCUUUUUUGCUAUCAGACCAGAAUUAAAAAUGACGUGCGUAAUAGUCCUAGUUAAAACUUUGUGUGCAUUGUUCGUCUGGCUAUUUAUUUGAGAGCAGAGUAUCUUCCAACUGUACCAAUGAAUGCAGCCUCAAGUCAUGUGAGUGGUGCGGCACUGACGUCACUUGUCCAGUGUGCUCAGUAGAGUUUAUAUAGGCAGCUUGGCAUGCUUUGCACUGGUAAACCUUCUCACAGCCAUUUGCCAGAUAUCAGGGAUUUCGUUACAAUUCAUCUGCCUAACACCUCUGACUAAAAUUUUUGCCUUAACCCUCAUUUUGUAUAUAUAGAGAGAACAUUGUCAUGAACUGUAAAUUUGCUAUCAGGGCUGUAUCCCCCAAUUGGGUGAUUCAUUUCAUCAAAAGACAUGGAAACCUGCUUGAACCGUAACAAUAUUUUUGUUGAAAAUGUCAGCCUGGUUUUCUUUUAACAGCAGGACCAGCCUUCAUGCAUCUCAAAAUUUGAUUUAUGUUUGCUUGAAAUGCCACCAUGAACAUCCACUUGUCCUCACAUAGCCUACACAAGAUAACUAUUGACCUUGUCAUAACAUAAAUAAAGCUCAUCUUGGUU